AUGGCCGUCAAUGCCCACUUACCCACGCUGGAGGACCUGGAUCACGAUCCUCGACUGUGGCUUGAAGAGAUCGACGGCGAGCAAGUAUCGGCUUGGACCGAAGAGGAAAAUGCAAGGACAUUGGCCUAUCUGGAUGGUCCUGCGCUGCAGAAAGACGUUGAGAGAAUCAAGGCUGCCUUGAAUCAGCCUGAUCGGAUCCCUCAUGUCCGACGAAGAGGUGAUUAUCUAUACAAUCACUGGACCGACGCAGAGCACAAGAAGGGUCUUUGGAGGAGGACGACGUUGGAUAGUUUUAAAAGCUCAGCGACGGUAUGGGAAACCAUUCUCGACAUUGAUGCACUAGCCAAGGAAGAAGGCAAAGAAUGGGUAUGGGCAGGUGCCGUCAGUUGUCCGCCGCAACAUGAACGAGUCGCUCUCAGGCUCUCACCUGGCGGUGGGGACGCAGUUGUCCUACGCGAAUUCGACAUAACCACCAAGACAUUCGUCAAAAAUGGGUUCGAGCUUCCGGAAAUGAAGACACAGGUCGCUUGGCUGGAUGAAGAUACGCUUACAUUGACGGCGCCAAGCAGUGCCGAGCUAUCUACUAGUUCUGGAUAUGCCAGUGCUGUGAGGCUCUGGAGGCGAGGGACCGAUCCCAACGACGCCCCGAUCAUCUUUGAAGUGGACAAAGAUCAUAUCGCUGCCGGAGUGGCAGUCGACCACUCCGUAUCACCCCCUCGUCUCAUCUUUCACGAUGUGCAAACUUUCUUUAGUAGCACUGUGUCUUUGGGGGAUCAUACUGGUCCAAAACAUCAGAUCGACAUCCCGCGAGAUGCUCACAUAUCUCAAAAGGGAAACUACUUUUUGAUCCGACUACGAACGAAAUGGGACCUGCAUGGCCAGACCUUCAAGCCAGAUACAGUCAUCUCUCUCCGUAUAGAUGAGAUCCUACAAGGAGUCACGGAUCCUACGGUCUUGUUCGAGCCAAGCGAGCGAAAGAUCAGCAGAAGCAUGGAAUUGAUCGACAACCAUGCUGUCUUACUGGUGCUCGACAAUCUCGCCCCCGUUAUCCAAAGCAUUGACCUAGCCGCGACGAGACCCGGUGUCAAACCCGAUGUCAAGACAAUACCGGGGCUAGCGGAUAUCUGUGACAUUGUUGUCGAAGCUCUGGACGACCAUACAGCAAAGAGUGACGGCACAUUGCUCAUCACAUUCGAGAAUCCUAUCACACCUGUCACGCUCUACCUGUCUUCGGUCCAUGACCCCUCUCUCCAGCUCCUUCGUCAAGUGUCUCCCAUGUUUGACGCCAAAGGGCUCGUCACGAAGCGGCUCGAGGCGAUCGCAGACGAUGGCGAAAAGAUCCCAUAUGUCAUCACUGGGCCUUCUACCCCACCCGAUGGCAAGGCGUACGUCCAUCUGACUGGUUAUGGUGGGUUCGGAAUCAAUCCGAUGCCAAUCUAUGACAGUCGGUCAGGUGUCUUAUGGCUGGCUCAAGGUGGGACAUGUGUUCUUGCCGCUCUGCGUGGCGGCGGAGAAUUCGGAACACGCUGGCAUGAAGCUGGCCGUGGCAAGCUCAAGAUUGUUGCCCAGGACGACUUGGCUGCCGUCUCAAAAGAUUUGGUCAAACGCGGAAUUACGACUGUGGAUCGCAUAGCUGGAGAUGGCAAAUCCAACGGCGGGUUACUGAUCGCCAAUAUGAUGACUCGUCAACCGGAUCACUUCAAAACACUCUUGUGCCGAGUACCAUUGGUCGAUAUGUACCGUUACGCUCAGCUCCUCGCGGGCGCCUCGUGGCGUAGCGAGUAUGGAGAUCCGGCGAUUCCUCAGGACUGGGAAUAUCUGCAAAAGAUUUCAGCUUACCACACCUUGGGCAUUAGGAUCGAUUCCAAGAAGUAUCCACCCAUCCUCAUUACGACGAGCCGAAAAGACGAUCGAGUGCAUCCAGGACACGCCAGAAAGUUUGCAGCCAAAUUGAGAGAUUUAGGGUACGACUGUUACUUUUACGAGUUGACAGGAGGUGGACAUGGAGCUGGAGCAGAUGCAGAUGAAGCUGCCUUCUCGUUGGCUCUGGGAAUGUACUUUCUGAAGCGGAACCUCGGUUGGAUCGAGUGA